CUUUAAAUGGGGUGGUUGGAGUGACAUUAUCCACCAUCAAUUCUUUUGUUUUAAGGUGAGCCCUUUAAUGGGGUUUUGUAUUUUUAUGAGCCAUAUUUUGAAUCUAUCCACAAUAUUUGGAAGAUCCAAAUAAGAUCAUAUUAGGAAGAGGUAAAGAAGUUGGUCUUAAUCAAAUCAAAUUAAGACUUGUUCAAAGUUUGCGUCACCCAAAAUUGGUAUUGGAAUUCCACGCGCAUUGCAUUCUCUUGUUUAUGAAUUUGCUACACAAACUUCCCACCAAUAUCCAAAAAAUAGGCGGCUAAUACCAUUAUAAAUACUCCCAAAUUAUCCUUAAUUUGUAAGAAGAAAAAUUUCAUAGCGAAAAUGGCGGCGAUUAGCUUGUUGGGUCGGCUGAGGAAGGCAGUGAAGAAGCUGAAAUUUAUGAUGAACUUCAACGUCCAAAGCUGGCGUUUGGCGGCGAGGUUUGGACGAAGUUUGUCGAGAAGCCUCCGCGUCAGCUUCAAGGAAGCGCCGGGAUUGAAAGGGUGUAGGGAAGAGGAUGUUAGAGAGUUGUGUGGAGAGUCGAUUUCGUGGAGAGGGGUUCAAAGAACAAGGAGCUACGCUUCUGAAGACGAUGUGGACAUGCGUGCGGAGGCUUUCAUAGCCAAUUUCUAUCGCCAGCUUAGGAUCGAGCGCCAGGUUUCGCUUGACCUUCAAUACUGCCGUGGGAAUAGCUUUAACCAGCUUUAGAAGAACACCCAUUUGCUAUCGAUUGAUAUCAUUGGUGAUGGAAGAUUAUGAUAUCCAAUGGCUAAGGCCUUGAUUUGGAGUCUGAAUUUUGCUGCGUAAGAUUCAAUUAUGGUGUGCUUCCAUCUUUUGGCUCUCAAGAAGAUCACCCAUUUGCUUUCAUUGGAUUAUUGUUAUUUUUGUUUAUUUCAUUCAAUUACGUUUAUUGAUAUUGUUUGUGAUUCUUAUUGUAUAAAUUUCUUUGGUCAA